ACAUACACAAAAGAUACAAUUUCUUUAGCUCACCUAAACUCCCAUUCCAUUUUCUUGAUACCUCCCAAAUGGCCACCGUCACAUCGCAAGCCUCCGCCGUCUUCCGGCCAACCGCCUCCAAGACAAGGUUCCUCAGUGGAGCAUCUGGUAAACUAAACAGGGAGGUGUUUUUUAAACCAUCAACUUCAUCUUGCAACUCGUUCAAAGUUGAAGCCAAGAAAGGUGAAUGGCUUCCAGGCUUAACCUCUCCUACUUAUCUUGAUGGCAGACUCGCUGGUGACAAUGGUUUCGAUCCAUUGGGACUUGCUGAGGACCCAGAAAACUUGAAAUGGUUCGUUCAAGCCGAGCUAGUGAACGGUCGAUGGGCUAUGUUGGGUGUUGCUGGAAUGCUACUGCCUGAGGUUCUCACUAGUGCUGGACUCCUUAACGUACCAAAAUGGUAUGAUGCUGGAAAAUCUGAGUACUUUGCAUCUUCAUCAACUCUGUUCGUGAUCGAGUUCAUAUUGUUUCACUACGUCGAAAUUCGACGUUGGCAAGACAUUAAGAAUCCAGGAAGUGUUAAUCAAGAUCCUAUUUUCAAGAGCUAUAGCUUGCCUCCUAAUGAAGUUGGUUACCCUGGUGGUAUUUUCAAUCCACUUAACUUUGCUCCCUCAUUGGAGGCUAAGGAGAAGGAAAUUGCUAAUGGGAGAUUGGCAAUGUUGGCAUUUUUAGGAUUUAUAGUGCAGCACAAUGUGACAGGAAAGGGACCAUUUGACAACUUGUUGCAGCAUCUUUCAGACCCAUGGCACAAUACCAUUAUCCAAACAUUCGCCAACUAAAGAACAAUAUUGACAUUGGAAUGAAGAUAUUCUUACCUUGUAAUCAUUGAGUUAGUAAUUUCUUUUUAAUGAAAAGUAAAACAGAGAGAUUUAUUUUUAAACAAUGGACCUCUACUGUACAGAGCAACUAGAAUUUGCAUUUCUUAUUCAUGUACUAUAUUAAC